GCAAAUCUCGCUUGCAUUUUGGUCUAGAGUUGGUUAGACAUAAAUUCGCUUUGUAUUUGCCUGCGCGUUGCUUAGGAAUAGGAAAGUGACAGUCAACAUGUAAAUCAUUGCUGUCUGUAAAACUGCAUAUUUACCAAGGAAGAAGUUAAGAAAGAUGAUGGAAGAGAGUGGAAUAGAGACUACCCCACCCACCACUCCUCCACCUCCACCCAGUGUGGCUGCUGCCAUCAGUCCCCCUUCUCUCACUAUGGGUCUGUCCAGUCCACUGACACUUCCCACUACCAAGGGCGUCUCUAGCUUUGCCCCGGAAGGAUUCUCUACCCCAGUACCUCCCACAAUGCUGACCUCCACCUUGCCUCCUAUCCAGUCCUCAGCACCACCUCUGUUCUCCCCCAGCCCUAUGACUCCACUGUCCACAGCCUCCCAUGCCCCUGCUCCACCCCUAGGUGGGCAUGUGCCUUACAGCAGUCCCGUGGCACCUUUCCCUUCUCCUUCUGCUCCUGCUCUGGGAUCCUCUGCGCCUCCUCCAGGUCCGGUACAGUCUGCCCCUCCCAUGGGGCCGCCCACCACUGGCUUCACUAUGACCGCAGGCUAUGACAUCACACGAGGGCAUGCUGGACGCACGCCGCAGACACCGCUGAUGCCCAGCUUCUCUAGUGCCCCACCUAUGCCAGGUGUGGUCACGAACCCAAUGAUGCACCAGCCUGUGAUGUCGGGAGGUUUGGAUGUAGGUUCCCCCAUCACUUUCCCUGAGGACCAUGAGGAUCCCAGGAUGGGUCCCGAUGGCACCUCUGGAGGAGGAAUAUGGGGCUUCAUCAAGGGUGUGGCUGAUAACCCCAUGGUAAAGACAGUUCUAGACAAAACCAAACACUCUGUGGAGUCCAUGAUCACUACACUUGACCCUGGAAUGGCACCGUACAUUAAGUCUGGGGGUGACUUGGACAUUGUGGUGACGUCUGAUAAGGAGGUUAAAGUGGGAGCAGUGCGUGAUGCCUUCCAGGAGGUGUUUGGUAUGGCCAUGGUGACUGGGGAAGCAAGCCAAUCCAAUAUUGCUCCUCAGCCUGUGGGCUACGCUGCAGGAGUCAAGGGGGCGAAAGAGCGCAUUAACAGUCUACGCCGCACUGGCAUUAUCCAUGAGAAACAGCCUGUGGUUUCUGUGGAGAACUUCAUAGCCGAGCUCUUUCCAGACAAGUGGUUUGACAUUGGCUGCCUGAUUCUGGAUGACCCUGGCAAUGGAGUGCACAUUGAGACUUUCACACAGGCCACUCCCGUUGCUCUAGAACAUGUACAGCAGGCACAAACCCUCACCCCUCCAGAUUACAGUCUGCGCUGGUCCGGCCUGCUCAUAACUGUGGGCGAGGUGCUGGAGAGGAGCGUGCCCAACAUUAGCCGCACAGACUGGCACCAGGCUUUCACUGGCAUGUCCCGCAGGCAGAUGAUCUACAGUGCCGCCAAGGCUCUGGCUGGCACAUACAAACUGCAGCUGCCCCCCAGGACAGUGUGAGCUGGCCUAAAUGUCCGCGCUCUCCCUCAAAGUGGGCUCAACACACCUCAGACUGGCACUACCAUCAGCCAGUAGGAACCUGUUCCCACGACCCUCCUGCGGAGGACAUGCUAAAUGUCUGUUUCCAGUACGUGUUUUAAAUAGUUCAUUGACGGGAGGACAGAAAAUGUAAAAUAAAUUUGCAGUGUCUCAAGGUAGAAAUUCAGUUGUUGCAGCAUUGGACAUUGAAGAGAACAGCAGUUAAAGCUGAAAUUCUGAGCAGGUUUGGUCCUCUGUUAAUGCACAUGUAUAAAAGCAAGUUGUCAACAUUCUAAUAGUAUACUAGUACUUAUAAAUGUGUUGGUGAGACCUAGAAAAGUGUCUAAUGCAUUUAGAGGUUACCACAAGUGGGCUAUAUUGAGUAAGUGUAUAUCAACAUUUUGGAAAAGUAGAACAGUGUAUUUCAACAUUUGGACCAUGGCAAUACAUACUAACUGGUAUGUAUUGUCUUAAAAUGACAAUGAUACCCCCAUACUAACUGCAAAUGUUUAUACAAACUGUUUAUUAUUAUAUACUAGUGCACUAUGCCCUAAGGUGGGAAUUUUGUUACUUAUUAGUAAAAAUUCAUAAGGGCUGAGGAUAUUUUAAAAAAAGAAAAAAAAAAGUGAAACACUUGCUAGAUUAGUUUUAUGAUGGUUCUAAAAUUCACAAUGAUUUCAUCUUAUGAAAUCACUGAAAUCAUUUAUGUGCUAUGGAGGAGUCUACUUACAGCCUUUUGCACUGUGUAAGCCUUUGUUAGUACAGACUAUUGAUCGUCAAGUAGGAAAAAUAUUCAGCAGUGAAAUGAUGGACUGAACACGAUAUGAAAUGUAGUAGUGAUUAGCAGAGUCUUCCUAAAGCUUAAAGGGAAAAAUUACAACAAAAUAUUUUUCUCUUUUUCUCCUGUUUUUAUUAUUAUUAUUUUUUUUAAUUUUUAGUUUUUUUUAAGGGGUGUUGAUUGAUGAGGCCAAGCACUGGUUGGAAUGAAAGUCCAUUGGAGACAUUCAAUAGUUUUUCACUUGCUGUAAUACAGACAAAUUGCUUUUAUACAUAAGCAUGAAUGUAGGGCCAAUCUUGCAUUCCUUUAAUAGUUUCUGAACCCAGUUCAUCACUUGAGCCUUGAAUAAAAUCCUCAGGGAGAGAACACAAAGAAACACUUAAGAAAGAAUUGACAUUUAACAUUUUAAAAGGUUUGUAUUGAUUUAGUCAUACAGUCUGGUCCCUUAAACCUGGCUGCUUCAUUUUGUUUAAUUUUAGAAUUUGUUUUAGUUCUUUUUGGAGGGCUUUCUGAGAUGUGCAGUGUAAAUAUGUGGUAUUCUGUUACCAAAGAACAUGUAUACAGCUUCAGUGCCAGUGCUUUUGGAGAGAGAAAUACAAUUUACAUUUAUUUUAAAUAAGACCUGGGAACUUAGACCCGUGUUGCCACUCCACAAACCAAUGUUAUGGUUAGAUUUGCUGAAUACAUUUUUGAGAAAUAUAAUGAAUGCUUUAUUCAAGCUUUGAGAGUUAAAGGUAUAGAUGUUGGACAUUUAAAACAAAAUGGGCUGAACUGAUCUUUAGAUACCUUUGAAACUAUUUGAUGUAUGUAUGGUAAUCUAAUCUUUGGUGUCUUUGUCAAAUGUCAUGUUGGUGUGCUUUGUUCCUAAACAACAUCUAUCUCAGCCAAAGACAGUGCCAAAUUUAUUAAAGAUUACAUAUGAGCAAGUUUGCUGAAGCUGCCUCUGUGCAGAACAAUGGGCAAUGCAUUAACACUUUUUAAAAAAACAAAACAAAGCAUUAGUUUACAAAACAAAGUAUAGUAGAUGGUAUUCCAGUAUGACCUUUAGGUGUAAAAUUCAAUUAGCAAAGCAGUAUGGAGAUUCUUUGCUUAUAUUGACGAUAUGAAGCCCCCCUGGUUUCAUCAUCUUGCCCCUCUCUACCAAGUGAGUGAAUUAGACCUGAAGUCUAAAGCCUAUCUCAGAGUGAUACAGUACCUUGUGAAAAUCACAGAGCUGUGCAUGACCUUUGGGAUAGCAAAAUUGUUUGGGAUGCGUAGUUCUGUUUCCUACAAAGGCCAUAAUCACUGUCAUAUUUUACAAUAAGAUGAUCAGAGAAAAGUGGAUGAAUCAGAAUUGCCUUUAAUACAUGCUUUGUAUUUCAAAAAUGGCUGUGGAUGCUUAUCCUACAUGGAACUGUACUAAGGUGCCUUCUGUGAACAGAAGAGUAAAGUCCUUUUUAGAAAACCUG